AAGCGCCCGGAGCGACUGUCCAACGUCGUAGGUGUGGACUGCUUGAAUGGAGCGUCGGGAGUAAGGCAAACCCUGCUACCGUCCGCGCGAACGGUACCUGCUCCCAGAGCGUGAGUGUGGGGUGUGGACCGUGCGCGUGCGCGCUCGGAGAGGGCGCGAGACGGGCGCGCCCCGCCGUUGCGGGCUCGCGGCUGCUGAGAUUGGCGGCAGCGGUGCCGCGCGCCCUAAGGGCCGGUAGUUGCGGGGCCUGCAGCCUCGCCCGGGGCUGCGGGCAGCUGUGGCGGCGGCCGGGGACCGCAAGGGGCGUAGGAAAGCAGGGGACGGAGGGGGCCGGCCUCGGCGCGCGGAGGAACAGCCGAGCAUGCCCCGCGACAACAUGGCCUCCCUGAUCCAACGGAUUGCCCGCCAGGCGUGCCUCACCUUCCGGGGCAGCGGGGGCGGCCUCAGCGCUUCCGACCGCUGCACGGCGCCAGGCCCCGAAGCGCCGAUGCCUCAGGGCUUCCCGGAGAACCUAAACAAGCUAAAGAGCCUACUGACCCAGGUCCGCGCCGAGGACCUGAACAUCGCCCCGCGAAAGGCUACGCUGCAGCCUCUGCCGCCCAACCUGCCGCCCGUCACCUACAUGCAUAUCUGCGAGACCGACGGUUUCAGUCUCGGCGUGUUCCUGCUCAAGGGCGGCACGUGCAUCCCUCUACACGACCACCCAGGCAUGCACGGCAUGCUCAAGGUGCUCUAUGGCACCGUGCGCAUCAGCUGCAUCGACAAAUUGGAGGCGGGCGGCGGACAGCGGCCGCGGGCGCCUCCGCCAGAAAAGCAGUUCGAUCCUCCGCUGCAGGCCAGGGAGCGGGAUGCCGUGCGGCCGGGCGUGCUGCGUUCGCGGGCAGAAUACACCGAGGCCAGCGGCCCCUGCGUCCUCACCCCGCACCGGGAUAACCUGCACCAAAUCGAUGCUGUAGACGGGCCAGCCGCCUUCCUGGACAUCUUGGCCCCGCCCUACGACCCCGACAACGGCCGGGACUGCCAUUAUUAUCGGGUGCUGGAGCCCAUCCGGGCCAAGGAGGCCUCUGGCUCUGCCUGUGACCUGCCCCGAGAGGUGUGGCUCCUGGAGACCCCUCAGGCCGAUGACUUCUGGUGCGAGGGGGAACCCUAUCCAGGUCCCAAGGUCUUCCCUUGAAGCUGCCGGCGCCAGGGAGCUGUGGGCCGAAAUGUGACCUACUCAGAUCUGGGCCUGGCUGCUCGCGACCAGCCACAAGGGCUCCCUCCCUUCUCCCAGCCCUGGGCGUUGGAUCUACUGGAAUGGGCUGUAGCGCUUCCUCUGGAGCCUUGGGAAGCUCUGGCGACUGGACUGCCGCCACCCGGCAUGGUUACGGGGGUGGGGUUGGCGGGGAGGCUAGGUUGUUUCCUGGCUCUGUCACUAUCACUGGUGUUUUGAUUAGCGGGGCAGAGGGCCAGGGGACUAUCUGAAGCGCUUCCAUUCUAAAGCCAUAAAGAGAAUACUCUUCCCUCUUUUCCCCAUCCUAUACGAAAUACACUAAAUGAAUUUCUCCCUCCCACCCUUUGAGUAAAUAGGGUCUGUUCUCCACUCAUGUCCUUAUGCCCUUUUUCUCCUUAUUAUAGUUUUAAGUUAUUAACUGUGCAUGACCCAGUGGUUUGAAUUGUUUUUAGUUCAAGACAUUGGUAAAAAUUAGGUUUAAAGAGAUGAGCUACUGUUUAAAGUAAGCUGUCCUACUUAAUUAAUUCGUUGUAAAAAAUUAAAUCAUUUUUCCGGGGUUGAGAGAUCACCCCCAAAACAGAACUAUGCAUAUAGAGGGCAAAAUUUACUUUCCUACCUUUGCCCACAUCUAGUUUACUCCAGCAGCAUCUAGUAAGAAAUUCAGCACCUGCGUUAUCUCUGACAAAUGGUCACCUAAACUUAUCUUCCCUGUGAAUCUCCAUAUCUGUGAGUUGAACAGAUUUCUUGUUGAAGAUUCACCUUUAAUGCAAAAACUGUAUUAUCCUCGUGACUUUUUUUUUUUGCCUUAGUGUAAUUUAAGAGGUGAUAGGAUAAUUGUGGGUAAUUGUGUAUUUCCUAACCAGAAGAUUCAGAGGAGCUGAAUCUGUAUGCUUCCAAACAACUGAAUGUAAAAUACCCCUAGCCAGCUGUUGAAUUCCAUGCCCCUAUAUACUUGCAGUAUUUUCCUGCAAAAGGAGAGAGAAGUGCUGAUGACUGUUUCAAAUUCUAUCAGGAGCUCUAAUGUUCCAGGGCACUGGUGGUUCCAGCUGCUACCUGGUGGCAGUGUUCUAAGAACUCUCUCCCUACAGGAGAGAGCCAGUGCUUGCUUCAUCUAGUGUGGUUUUCAGUAGGAAGAGAGGGAAGGCACAGCUAUCAAGUCUAAGAGCUUGAGAAUUAAUUACACUCCUUGCCAUUUUAGGGUACCAAAACUUAAGACAAAACACUUCCCACUCCCAACCUCUCGAAAUGAACAGUUGUGCUAUCUGUGACUGGUUUUAUUUUUGCCCUUUUAAUAAGCUGAGCAACUUUACCUUGUUUACAAAUGUAUUGACACCAUUUGCUUCUGGCCAUGGAGCACUGUUGUUUCCCCCCUUUUUACUACUUAUAGGAUUCCUUUUUUCACAAAACUUUUAACAAAACAAACUGUAGAAAUAAACACAUUAAACUUUGCCUAGCUGUUGUCUAAUCCCUCUUGAUUGACUGGUCCAUGUGGCAGUCGAGUUCUAAUAUACGUAAUAAAGGGAGGUUCCCUCUUGUAAAGUGUUGACCUUGUAGGAAAACAGUAUGUGCCUUUGCCUCUUUAUGCACCCUGGGUUACAGAGACCCAGAGGGAAGGAAUGUUUUUUCCCCAAGUUUAGAAUGAAAAAGCAAAUUAUUCAUGAAUGAUUAUUUUUUAACACAAAAAUAUGCUUAUUCCAUGUGACAUGCUACUAUGUUGUAAAACUUGAGAAAAGAAUAAUGCCUACCUACCAUUUCCUCCAGGAUUGCUCAAAGUAUUUUAUGGUAGCUUCACUUUCUGGUGUGAUUUAGUAUACCUAAGGGGCAAUUUGAAGCAUUUCUUCAUGCGAUUCAAUUUAAGACUAAAUUCUAGAUAAAAAAAUGAUGAUUUUCUUAGAAAUGUGUUCACAAAUGGCUUUUUUUCUUAGCACAGUAAGAUGGUUCUCAAUCACAUGCCUACCUGUUUUGAAAUAUAUUCUAGCAGAAAGUUGAUUAACUUAAAAAGAUUGUUGAUAGGCAUGCGUGUUAUAGUACAACUUGGAGUACAUUAAGCUAACCUUCAAAAAUUCAUUCUGGCAAUAAGUAAUAGAAGACAAAUUGUUUUUCCAAACUUUAUUAUGAAAAGUUCUCAAGUAUAAGCAAGUUGAAUGAAAAAAACUAAGGUGCUUUUCAAAAGAAUAACUGAAAUUGUUACAGGCCAAAACAGCAAUAUAAUCUUUCUCUCUCAUAUAGUUCAAUAAGAACUGUGAAACUUUUGGUUCACUAAUAAAUUCUGAGUAAUUAAUGAUGAAAAAAUGUAACUCAUAUAAUGAGCCACUAAGGAAAGAAUAUUCUUAUUACAAAGACAAAAUGGUGCAGAAAAACCUUGCAUCUCUCUGCAUAAACUGUCAAUCAUGACUGACUUCAUGUGCUGCUAUUACGUUUCCAUAUAUUCCUGCAAUGUACACUGUUUUAGUAACAACUGUGGGAAAAAGUCUUCCCUACAAAAACUAGUGAGCACAAUGAUACUAAUUGCUUAACUUUUCUGUUGAAUAACAAAUACAAUAAUGUCCUAGAAGUUGUCUAAGCACUUCUAAAGCUUUUUAAUUCUCUGGUUCUUAUCAAUGGCCAGUUUCAUCAAUGGAGAGUAUGUAUACCUUCCUACUACUUUAUGAGAAUUGAGGGUUUAUUAAGCCUGAUGUACAUGGGUUGCAUUUACACCAACUGUUGUUUAUUAACAAAGGUGGUAGGCCUGUUUUUAAAGUAGUGUUUGUCAACAGGAGUAGGUUCUCCCAAACACACCUUUUAUUCUUUUUGCAUUGUCCCCUUGUAGGAGCCUCAGUCUUGGCAUCUCAGGUGGACUCUGUCAUCACUUCGCUAUUAUAAAUGACUUUGAGUCUUGUGCUGUAGCUCAAUUGCUCUUUCUGAAAAAGCAAUAUAUCUUUUUUUCAGGGCUCUGCCCACUACUAUUCAACUCUAACCUGAGGCAGUGCCACUCCUAUAACUCUGGUCUGAAUUCAGUACUCAAGGUUAUAUACAGAAGUGGACCACUGAUCACUUCAGCGCAAAGUCAUCUACUGUCAAAGAAGGAAAUCAUUUGUUAAGCCCCACAUAGACACUGAAUCUUAAGAUCCAGGAAUGUUACAUUUCUGGAACAAAACUGGUGUAUUUAUGGAAAAUAAAGGCAUGUUUGAAAAUGUUUAGAUGUAAAUCUUACUUGAUUAUUGCUAAAUGAAGAAGGAAAAUAUUGCUAUGAUGCUACAAUUUAAUUAUAUUAAAGGUUCAUGGUCUGUAAGAUUGUUAUACUAAAAUCUGGUGGUCUACAGUCCAAGUAAUAAUAAAAACUUAAAAUUAAUAGUUGA